AUGUCAGAAAAAUCUUUAUACGUUUUAAUAAAUCCAUCGAAUUUGAAUAAAGACAUUAGUAUUUCUAAAGUUCUUGAAAUUAAUCGUGGUAUUAAAGCAUCAAUUAAUGGUGAAACUGGAUUUGGUUGGAGAUAUCAAUACAUUGCUAAUAAAUUCUUCAAUAAUCUCAAUCAUGGAAGAAAGGGUGGAUUAAACAAAAUUAAAUCAAAGUUAAUGCAACUUACGAUAUCCUAUUCUUAUUUUGAAAGUUCAAGUAGAUCUUCUCAUUAUUUUCAUUUAUUUUCAUUUAAUUUAAUUUGA